GAUGUAAGCUGUGCGCUCUUCAACAACCUCAUUCAUGGACUUUAUUGUGAUUCAUGGGUUCAUCCUGCAUUUAGUACGAAGCGAUCAAAAGUACUGUGUUUCAAAAAGAUGGGCAUAUAUUAAGCACGAAAGUCUUUUUAUCUUUCCGAGUAAAUCCAGAAGGUCAUUUUAUAUUUGUAGGUCAUCUAAACCGUAAGAAUUGCCUUAAAAUUUUUCUCAAUCAUUGUGGUGUUUCUGUAUCAUAUCAAGAAGAUGAUACGCCCUGGAUAACAAUCACAGAAUACUCUGGAGCUACAUAUUAUAUUAGACCAGAAGCAGAGAAGACUUUUCAAAACUGGCUAACUGCUAUUUACAAAGCAUCUAAAAAUUGCAAAUCACAGUCAGUGGGGCUUAAUAUGGAGUGCCGACCACAUUUCACAGAUCAACACUUGUCCAACUCAAUAGAACAGAAAAUCCUGACUUCGAAAAGGUUAAAUGAAAAAAGAAGUCUGGAUCAUUUAGGCCCUGAAUAUUCCAACAUUUAUCAAUCUGAUAACAAUGAACUCAAUGCUCAACCAUCACUGAAUUCAGCAGUUCAACCUAUCAACAGUAAUUAUUUGAAUAGAGAUUUGGAAACGAUUCAUUCAAGGCAGAAAAAUGUUAAAUAUGUUAGUGAAAAUACAUUGAGAAGUAAAAAUGUGCAAGUUGAAUAUAAACCGAAUGAAGAUAAACCACCACCUAGACCACCAAGAAAUCCACAUGUGUUACACACUGUUAAAGAACAUGCAAAUAUGCGUGAUGAUGAGAUUGUUGAGACAAAAGCUUUGACAAAUGUUAAACACCGAUAUCCUGUUACUGGUUUGGCUAAACGAAUGAGUAUUGCUGCAUCGGAUCUUUUAGGUAAAUCGCGUGAUGAUCUCAUCUUGUUGCUUCUUCAAUUAAAUCGUGAAAAAGCCAAUCUAAAAAGAUGGUAUGAAUAUUUCACUUAUCAAAUCGAUCAAAUUCAAUUAGUAAAAGGAAAUACAAAAGAAGCAAAAUCAGAUAUAGCUGUAAUUCAGUCUGAAUUGAAUGAUGUAAUUGGUCAGUUGAAAUUAUCAGACCCAUUAAUAAAAUUUCUUGAUAAUAUGAUCCGUAUGGGUGAUGUUUACGGUGGUGAUGAUGUAUUGUUUGCUAGUGAAUAUCGAAGACAUCUAUUACCCUCUCAUGAGAUUGUUCCAUCAAAGCCAAGUUUAGAGUUUGCUCGUGACAUUGAAGAACGUGAAAUUGCUCGUGUUCUAAAUAAUUCAUUACGUCAUUCUCUACAUCGUACAAGUCCUCUAUCUGAUGGAAAUCAUUUCAGUCAACCAAUAACACCUAUUUCAUCAUCACCGUCACCAUCAACAUCACCUUUCAAUAACUUGAAUACAUCGAUUAUACCAAAAUUAGAUAAUAUGCCUGAACCGGUAGAAAUUCGUUUACAACGAAAACGUUUGGAACAAGAAUUAGCUAAUAUUGAAAAUCUAUGUGCUCCGCAUCAGUUGAUUCAUAGAAAAUUGAAGGAUACACAAAAAUCAAUUCGAUUAACUGAACGAAAUAAAUUGCCUACAGAACAAUCAAAUAAAUUUAAUUCCAAAGCACCAUCAGCUACUUUAUUACGUAGAUUACAUCAAGAUAAUAUACAUAAUCGUCAGUCAAAAUCUGCUAAUAAUUCAAUGAGACGAAAAUUAACUGAAUCUGAUUAUGCUGAAUUCUAUGAUGAUGUAUAUAAACGUCCAAAUACUGCAUUUGACCAUUAUUCACAAUCAUCAAUAAAAAAUAAAUCAUACAAUAUUCAUCAUAAAGAUCAUUAUGAUAAUGGUGACAAGGAACCAAGUGAAGAUGAAGAUGGAAUUAAAACAUUUCGAAGUAUCCCAGAAAAUUUGAAUUUAUUUCCAAAUGAUACAUUAUUUAUGAAAAAUACAUUGAAACCAUUACAAGAUGAAAGACAUAAACCAUUGAAUUUUAGUAACCCACCAAUUCGAUCAAGAUCUUAUUCUGAGAAACCGAUCACAUCAAUCAAGACACCUCAAAUGAAUAAUCCUUUAAGAAAAUCAUUUGAAUUAUCAUCAAAAUACUUCCAUGAUGAUAUGGAAGAUCAUGAUCAUUAUGAAAAUAAUGAAAGAAUUUAUAAUGAAUUACAAAAGAAACCUUUACAUGAAUAUUCUACAAAUGAAGUGAAUCAAAUUAAUGAAUGGAAUUAUGAUUUAUCCAAACGAAAGACUUUGAAUCAUUUAAAACCAUCUCAUGAUAUAGAUCAUCUUCAAUUUAAACCAGAUAUAUUGUCCUCUGAAUAUUCAAAGUAUUCUGCAUUUGAAAAAGAUUCAGACGAAUUAAAAUAUGUAAAUUAUAAUCAUAAUAUUCGACAAAAAUUCGAUGAUUUACUUGAGAAUAUUGAUUUCACAACAGAUCCGGGUCAGUUCAAUCAAGGCGAUCUGUAUAGAAAUAAUGAUGUUUCACCAAAGAAACUUAACAGAAACGAAUUUGGAAGGAACGAAGUAUCCAAAGGUUCAUUUUUUGAACAACCAAUUACUAUUGAUAAAAGUUCACUGAACAAACCAUCUUCGUCAUCUCUAGAUACUCGUGGACAAAAUCCCGACGUUAUAUAUGCUAAUCUUUCUAGACCCACCAUGCAAGAAACUGAAUUAUUCAGUGGAGCACAUCCCUCUGAUAAUAAUAAUCACCAUAAUUACUAUUAUAAUCCUAAAAGAGAGACAAUAAUAUCAAAUUGUUCUUCUAUUAUGGAACAAAAUAAAAUACAACCAAUUAAAAAGUCAUUAUUACCACAAACUAAUACAAUGACAAAUAAAUAUAAAUUAAAUUUAUAUGAUUCUUCAAGACGAUCAUCUUUAAAUCAAGACAAUAUCAACUCAGCUGGAUCUCUUGAAAGUAUGUUCACUACUCAAGAUCAAAAUCCACCUGAUGAAUAUUUCAUUGCUACACCAAGAUUAUCUUCACGUAAAGAUAUUGGCAAAAAUAGUGAUAUUGAAAAUGGUGAUGAAAUUAUUAUACCAAGAAAGAAAGAAGAUAAAAUCAAUUCAUUAAAAAAUGUUCUAUUACGACAAAGGUAGGUGAAUAGUUUCACUCAGUAUCAAUGACACUGUUCACUAAUGGAACAUCUUCGACAAAUUGUAUUCAAAAGUUUAUCGAUUAAUACAAAUGGAAAUUUUAAUGUGUAACAAUUGGAAUUCUGAUCAGUUAAUCAUUCAGUUAUGAACAGUGUAAAAUCUGAUAUGUAUGGGUAUCAGUUUAAGUAGUCACAGUAUAUCAACAGCCUUUUAGAUGAAAUUAUUAUCAGGGCAAAUUCCAUGGUAAUUAAAAUAGUAACAAUAAUAGUGGUAGAAGUAAAGAUAAGACAUAGGCCAUGUGAUUCGUGUAAAAUGAAUGACAUUGGCAAUAAAAAGCACAUGAUAGUCUUAAAAUCCAUGAUCUAAGGAAAGAUAAAGGAUGUGUGCAUCUAUAUUAUUUCACUCCAUUUUGAACUGCAUCUAACAUUUUCAGCCAUUGAUUACUAUAAUUCUGCGGACAUUAACCCGGUUGUUUGUAUCUACUAUCAUGGAUUAUAGUUGUAACAUGCUGUGUAUAUAUAAUUGGGAUAAAAGUUUGAUAAACUGAUAUGUUUAUCCUGUAAUAACAUCAACCAAAGAACUACUGAAAGUCAGUGCGCACUCUAUAGCUACCUGUUCAGCUAUGCAGUUCUACCAUUGUAUGCUCAUCAUCUUAAUCUGAUGUCAACCUGUAAGAAGAUCUAAAUUAAAUUUCAGCUAUCUCCACAAACUAUCAUCUUUAUAGUAAUCGUAUGCAUACUACUAAGUUCGAUGACCUACCUCAAAAUUACUGCUGAGAAAUUGUGACUUUUAGAGUUCAGCCAUUUAGAGAGAUGAGAUAGAUAUGACCGACCCUAUGCGAUGAUGGCUUUAUUACAUAUCACGAACUGAUUAAAAUAAGAAAUAUUGGCAACUGGGUUUUGAUCCACUGGUCCAAGAGUAGUGACGCUGAUUGGUCACUGAGUAGUUACCAGUGUUAUAUUUGUCUAGUUAUUAGUAUUGAUCGAUUUUUGUCGGCCACGUCUCAGUGUGGCCACGGAUCUGGGUGACUCAAUAUCUUGUCCAGUAUGUUUUGAUAUUAGGUGGAUAGGGAUAAUCAUCAGGAAACUAGGGUCUUGAUUUUGUGUUAGGGCUCACAAGUAACUCGUACCCAUCAUCCUGACCGAAACUAUUCAUUGUGCUGAAUUCAUAUCCGUAUCAUCCGGUCUUACAGUCGGAAAAAAUCGACCAAAUAUGACCCUAAUUGAUUCAAAAUAAAUGCAAAUGUCUCAUUUCCACAGGAACAACUUAGUUCUGUCGUCUAAAAUCUCGAGGCUAGGUGGCCCCAACUCGAAAUCAUCAGAGAACAUCACUUCCAACCGACUACACAAUCUACAUGUCCUGACGUUGUGUGCACACUCUUGGUGAUCCUUAUUCUAGAUAGAUACAGCUGUUUAUCGCUCCCCGAUUUUCAAUCCUUAUCUAACCAAAGUCAUUUCAUGACGUAAAAUCAAAAAAAUCCAUUGAUAUCCGAUGACAUAAACUAUAAUUUCAUUUCAGUACAUUUAUUUUGCAUAUACCUCUUCUCAUCACCUCUCUUCUCAGUUUAACAGAUUCAUCAGUUUACAAUCAAACUAAUGAUCGUUUAUAUAACGGAAAUCAAUUACAAGAAACAAAUACUGUUAUAGCUGAACGAGUUCGAUUAAUGACAAUUAAACAACAAUUAGCUAAAGAAGCAGCUAGUACAAGUGCACGUCUUAAUGCACGUGAACAUCCAUCUAAUUAUAACAAUGUAUCUAGAUAAAAGAAUGUUUUAAAAUAAACAUUCGAAUUCAAUAGAACUUCCAAAACCCAAUAACAUAUCAUAGUCUUCUUUUUCUUUUUUUUGUUUUUUUCUUUUUGGAAGAAAGUUGUUUUGUAUCGAAUUUCUUUGUAUUGUUGAUUUUUCUUUAGUUGCUAUGCCGAAAAAAAACAGUAAUCAGGUUACAUUAUAGUACUAUCAAAACAAACAUCGUUUUUUUCUCUACCUCAUAUUAAUUUGGUUUUAAUCUCUAUAUUAAUCUCAAUCAUUUUAUCCUACCUAUUCAUUAUUUUGACUCUAUUAACAACGCAUUUCAAUUUGAUAAUUAAGAAGUUGUUAUUAUAUAAUAUGAAAAUAUUUUUCGUCGAUUAUUUAAUAUUACUUGUUAGUAG